UAUAAAAUCUCUAUUCUGGUACCUUUCUGGUCAAAACCAAAAUGCCAUUCUGGUUGCCACACAGCAAGUAUGGUACAUAAUAGUUGUAUUUCGCCCAGACACUGAACAGUUACAGCCAGCAGGAAAUCUCAAGUACUCGAAAUGGAAGAAAAAUGUGACCAAGUUUACACUUUGACAAGCGCUGGCGUUGAAAGGGGAAUGGGACUGUUUGCAACUAAAGACAUUCAAAAAGGCUCUGUAAUUCUGCGAAGCGGAGCAGUUUUACAAAGUGAAAGUUACGACAAUACUGAAAACAGUCUUCAAUCACAGUUUCAGAAUCUUGACGAACAGACUAGGAACGAGAUUCUCGACCUGUCAAACUGCAAGCAGCGAACACCAAAACUACCACCACUUCUCGGAAUAUUCCAGACGAAUUGUUCAUAUAUCGAAGACCUUGACACGUACUUCUUGUGUGUCCUAUUUUCAAGGUUAAAUCAUUCGUGCGCGGCAAAUUGUAGUCACGUUUUUGAUAGAAAUGGAAAACAGAAAAUCGUCCGGUCAAUUCGAAACAUAUCAGAAAACGAAGAGCUUACAAUUUGCUAUCUGAACUCUCCGAGUCAGUGGUUUCUGGAUCUAACCGCCAGACAAGCUGAGCUAAACCACUUCUAUUCCUUCCAUUGUGACUGCAUAAAGUGCUUAUCUGAUAUUCAACUUCAUCUGGACUUACAAACAAAACAAUCAGCUGAAACUAAACUAGCCUCUUUAUUCGACAAACUAAACAGCAAAGUUCACGCUUUCCAAACCCAGGAAGCAAUUCUGAGAUCCAUGAUAGAAUUACUCGAAGGAAAUCAAUUCAAUUUGGUAAUUCAAGAAUUUUUCCACAGAUCUUUGUUUCUUCUUUACUGCCAAACAGGAAACUCAAAAAAGGCAAAACAACAAGCCAUUAAUUGCAGAAACAUCUGGACGAUAUUGCACGGUGAGUCGAGUUUUCAAGAAAGACGCUUCGAGUUUUUCGCGAAAGUUCCGACUAGCUGUUUCGGUGAAGUUGAAACCUGCUACGGUCCAUCAGAACUCUCCGAGCACGACACAUACGUGCUUUGUGGUGUGAUAAACUGGGCAAACUCGGAAAGCUAUCUAAUUUGUCGCCAUUGUCUGACAGAAGUUGACAAAACAGUAAAGGAAGCUAUACCAUGUUCAUACUGUGGGCUUGUUACAUAUUGCAGCUCUAUUUGUCAAGUCAAACACCAGUUGGAUCACAAACUUUUUUGCAACUUAGCGCAAGACUUUGGAAACAAUUAAAACGUUUGACAAAAAUUCAAAAUUAUUCUGCGAUAUAAUUUUCGUAGGACUGCAGUUAC